AUGGUCAGUCACGCAGCCAUGCGAGACCAGCGUUUGAUGGAGAGUGAGCGUAGGUGCUGGAACCCAGCCGUGUGGCUCCUGGUGUCCCUGCUGGGAUCCCUCUUCUUGGUGGUCGUCAGUGUGUUGCUGCGACUCGGAGACAUGAAAAUAAACAGACGGUCUGUACCAACCAAUAGCGUGCAGACCUCUGAAAAGAUGCAUUACCAAGUACAACUGGUGAAUGGGCGUAACAAGUGUGAGGGACGUGUGGAGGUGCGUUUCAAUGAAUCCUGGGGUACGGUGUGUGACGAUGACUGGGACAUGGUGGAUGCCAACGUGGUUUGUCGACAACUGGACUGCGGGCUGGCUGUGUUUGUGGGCAGCAGCUCUCAGUAUGGACAGGGCUCAGGGCCCAUCCUGCUGGAUAAUGUAGACUGCAAAGGAGGAGAGACAGACCUGAGCCAGUGCGGCAGUCUGGGCUGGGGCAUCCACAACUGCUACCACUACGAGGACGUGGCUAUUAAAUGCAAAGGUGCAGUCGCGGUGGAGCCAAGAAAUCAAUGGGAGCCCACCACACCAACCCGCAGGAAGUCAGGUUUACGAGAUGGCACCAUCCGUCUGGUGGGUGGACUGGACCACUGCCAAGGCCGGGUAGAGAUCUACUACUCGGGAGGCUGGGGGACAGUGUGUGAUGAUGACUGGGAAGAGAAUGAUGCGGAGGUGGUAUGCCAGCAGAUAGGCUGUGGCCACGCCACCUCGGCCCUUACCAACUCCUACUUUGGCUAUGGAACAGGCCGGAUUCUGCUGGAUAAUGUCAACUGCAAUGGCAACGAACAGCAGCUGUCUAAAUGCUAUAGCCUGGGCUGGGGCACACACAACUGUGGCCAUCAUGAGGACGCUGGGGUCAUCUGCACCGGUUCAGCUUCCACUACAGUGACUCCUCUUCUUAAUACUGAGACAGAACGCCUGAGAAGUUUUAUCUUCACAGACACCCCUGCAGCAACAGAUGGAACAAUUCCAAUCACCGAAAGUACAACAGCUGUUAGCACAACUGCUCUGACAACAAGAGACCGGCAAACCAUUCGUGUGGUGAAUGGUAACAGCAGUUGCCAGGGUCGUGUAGAGGUCCUUUACAACAACAUGUGGGGAACCGUGUGUGAUGAUGACUGGGACCUGACCAACGCCCAGGUGGUGUGUAGGCAGCUUGGCUGCGGCCCCGCUAUCUCAGCCAAACCCCUGGCCUACUUUGGCUAUGGCUCGGGCCCCAUCCUGCUGGACAACGUAGACUGCCAGGGCAGCGAGGGCGAGCUUACAGACUGCUUCCACCUGGGCUGGAGUCAGCAUAACUGUGGCCACCACGAGGAUGCUGGAGUUAUCUGCACACCCUUCCAAAACCUUGUAAGUGGACGUGACUUUGGAGCAACAGACAGCACUCCCACCACCAAACCACCAAGUCAAGGUGCAUUGAGGCUGGUGGGUGGCCAGCACCACUGUGAAGGCCGGGUGGAGAUGUUCUCGGGGUCUGAAUGGGGCACCGUGUGCGAUGAUGCUUGGGACCUCCCUGAUGCCCAGGUCGUGUGCCGCCAGCUCGGCUGUGGAGAGGCCACGGCGGCACGGGAAGAAGCCUUCUUUGGCCCCGGCACGGGUACAAUCCUGCUGGACAAUCUCAAGUGCACAGGUGCCGAGGCCUCUCUCCAGGAUUGCUCCCAUAUAUCCUGGGAGGUGCAUAAUUGUGACCACUCUGAAGAUGCUGGGGUCACGUGCUCGCUUUCGUGA